AUGGACUGGAAAGAGAAGAAAAUUUUUGUGAAUAGUUUGGUAGAUAGAGAGAGUGUAAAAGAAAGAACUGUUGCCAAAGAUGAUGCAGAAUACAGACGAAAUGGUUCAAAUAAGUAUUUCUUGAAGAAAGGUAAUGAGAAAUUACAAGUCUGCAAAUCAUUGUUUCUGUCAACUCUUUGUCUAGGAGAAAAGACAGUUUAUGCAUGGAUAGCCAAUACAGAUGAUACCGGUAUACCAACUAAAUCACCGGGCAAACGUCGUUCUUCAGGCGAUACCAUCAAAUCAGAUAGUGCUAAGGCUUUUUGCAAAAUCUGCCAAAACUACCGUCACACUAUUGUAGAUCAAGCAGUACGAAAAAUUACCUCUAACCUGUGUCUGGUACUUCGGCAGAUUAUAUAA